CCCAUCGCAAAAACCAUUAUCUCUAGCAGCAGCUAGCAACACCAGCCUCCACAGCUCGUCCAGACCACAAUGGCAACCUCCACCACCGGCGCCGUCGUAAACAGCUCCUUUCUCGGGAGACGCCCUACCACAAGCCUCUGGUCUGCACCUAAGCUUCAGGCCGUGUUUGGCGUUGGAACAAAGAGCAGCCGCCGUGGCAUCCGAGGGCGCGUGACGUGCAUGGCGGCGUUCAAAGUGAAGCUGCUAACGCCAGAAGGCCCAAAGGAAUUCGAAUGCCCUGAUGACGUUUACAUUCUGGACCAAGCCGAGGAGGCCGGAAUCGAUCUUCCGUUCUCGUGCAGAGCAGGUUCGUGCUCGUCGUGCGCCGGGAAGGUUGUGGAAGGUGAGUUAGACCAGUCCGAUCAAAGCUUCCUGGACGAUGACCAGAUUGAUGGAGGCUGGGUUCUUACUUGCGCGGCUUACCCUCGAUCUGAUGUUGUGAUUGAGACCCACAAGGAGGAGGACCUCGUUGGUUAAGCAUUGUUCAUGUUUGUAUGACUACGAAUCAUGAAUGAAUAUAUAUAUUGUAUUGAAAUGUUGUCUUGUUUUGUCGCUUUGAUUAAGAAUUUUCUUGUAGUUUAAUUUCUCUCUCUGAGUGAGUCUGGAUGAUCAACAAUUCAUGUUAUAAUAAAUCUGCUUUACUUGUUUUUA